AUGAAACGACGUGAAAAAUCAACGGACGACGAAGAUGAGUCGGAAGUCGACGAGGAAUCCGAGAGUGAAGAAUCUGCGGCCUCUUACAAGAAGUAUUACUUUCUGGGAAUCCCGGUUUAUAAAUUAUCCUACAAGCGGCUGCCGAAGAAAUGCUUGCGGGUCUCUUUUUUCACUAUCAACGCUGCGGUCUUUUACAUUGUAUGCCAUUCAUUGUCCCUAUGCGUCAUUUUUAUCUGCUCAGUAAUGAGCACGUCAGUUUUCGAACGGAUUACCACAAAAAUACGCGAAGAAAUGACCGCGACGAUUAUUAAAUAUCAAUCUUUAGAUUGGGUCACUGAGGCUUGGGAUAAUACUCAGCAAUAUUUAAAAUGCUGCGGAAUAAAAUCUUACAAAGACUGGGGAGAAUAUAUGAUGGAAAUUCCUCAAAGUUGCUGUUCUAAAUUAAUCGAACGAUGUCUUCAAAUGUCUCCAGACGUGGCACUUGGUUCAAUAAAUUUAAAAGAGUUACAAUUAACUCUGUGUCUCAUAUUGUUUAUUUAUAUUUAUAUUUAUAAUAUAUUAUUAUUAGAGUUUACAGCGUGA